AUGGAAGACGAGGACGGGUCUUCUUACGAGUACUCACAAGAUAUUGGGAGCAUGAACGACGGGUGGAAUACCAACUAUGAUGUUUAUUGGCCAAACGGCUCUUAUGGCCCGGUAGCAGCACGACCCUGCGGAGAUGCGGCUAGUGUUGCAAACACGGAGCUCCUGGUAGCAAUGCCCGAUAGACUUACGAGCUGCGACAUUUCAAAGUAUGAUGAGAAGCUACGCCAGAGUUUCACAAAGAACAACAAGCCAGCCGCGUCACCGUCAAGUCGUACGCAAUUCGCAGCGACAAAAAGUAGGAGCGUUUCUCUCCAUCAACGCGAGAAGCUCUAA